GUUCAAUUAUCCGACAUUUAAAAGUUAAACAAAUUUCAAUAAAAUCACUUUAAACCCACUUUAAUUAAGCUUUUUAGUGCUACAGAUCGCUAGGAUGAUAAAUACAGCACAUUUAAAUCAAUAUUUAAACAAGUAUAAAAAUAUUGCGACGACAAAGAGGGAUAUUGUUCAGGCAAUUGAGCAGUACAGGGCUUUAAAUUUCCGACAGGAUCAAUACGUCUUCAAUGAUGGUACUCGAAAAGAACUCCUGAACUUGAAUGGGACAAUUCCAGUAGUGUAUAAAAAAAAUACCUAUCAUAUUCCAAUAUGCAUCUGGAUUAUGGAUACUCAUCCACACAAUGCUCCAAUUUGCUAUGUAACUCCAACAGCAGACAUGCAAAUCAAAGUAUCAAUGUUUGUGGACGGUAAUGGAAAGGUCUAUUUACCAUAUCUACAUGAUUGGCUCCCCAACGGAAGUGACUUGUUAGGCUUAAUUCAAGUUAUGAUUGUUACAUUCGGUGAACAUCCACCAGUUUAUUCGAAACCAAAGGAAGCAUCAGCUACACCUUAUCCUCAACAAUCUUUUAUGCCACAACCAGGUCCAAUAAAUCCUAAUUUUAUGCAAUUUCCAGCAGCUUCUAGUGUCUAUCCUCCAUAUCCAGCAGCUGGAUCUAAUUUUGCAGGCGGUUUUCCAGCUUAUCCACAAACCAAUAAUCCAUAUCCACCAAAUGCUGGCUUUAUUCCAAUGCCACCAAGUAACAAUGCAUUUAAUUCACCAACACAAAAUACAGGAAAUGCCAGUGCUAGUGGAACAGGAACGAUAACUGAAGAACAUAUUAAAGCUUCAUUGAUUUCAGCUGUUGAAGAUAAAAUGAGACGUCGCAUACAAGAGAAAGUUAAUCAAUAUCAAGCAGAAAUUCAGACAUUAAAGAGAACUAAACAGGAACUACAGGAAGGUGAGAACAAGCUUGCUGAAAUUAUGAGAAAAUUGGAGCAUGACGAAACAGAAUUAAAGAAAAACAUCCAGUUAUUACAAGAUAAAGAUGUUGAAUUGACAAAGUCAUUAGAGCAACUAGAACAAAAUGAUGAAAUUGACGUAGAUGAAGCAGUGACCACCACAGCACCACUUUACAAACAACUAAUCAAUGCAUACGCGGAAGAAGCAUCAAUUGAAGACGCAAUUUACUAUCUAGGAGAAGCACUACGAAAGGGAGUUAUUGAUUUAGAAGUAUUCUUAAAGCAGGUUCGCCAAUUAGCCCGUAAACAGUUUAUGAAUCGUGCAUUAAUGCAAAAGUGCCGACAAAAGGCUGGAUUAGCAGGCUAAUUCUAAUGAUUGACUAGAUUCUCUCGGAAAGUGCUUCAUUUAUUGAUAUUUACUCAAAUUUAUUCAUUCAAUAAAAUACAUAUUUAAAUUUUAAGUAGUUAUAUCCUAUUUUGAGGUGGGUAACAAGGUUGACGAAAGUGAUCCUGAAAUUUCCUGACGUAGAUCAACGGUUUUUUAUUCAAAUUUAAACGGCUUUCAGAAGUUUAAAAUUUAUAGGCAAACUCAUAUGUUAUGUAAAAGAGAGUUACGCUA